AUGGCAGCGUCCUUUGGUGAAUCCGGUGACAAACUAGCACGAGAAGCCAAACGCACAGCCGACUUGUUGGUAUCACCGUACAAUGACGAUCUAGUACAGACCAUUUGCCGAGAGACGCGCCAGCUGCACUCACGAGCCGAAUCGAUUCUUCAUGCGAUGCGCGCCAAUGCCAGCAAUCCAGAUGCACCUCCACCGAACAAACCGAGUCAAUUGACGCAAAUCAUGUUACAUCACUUGACGGUCAAGAGGAACAAGCGUGUCCUGUUUGCAUAUCAUCGACAACGAGUGGAAAAACUAAAGGAACUUUCAUGGGAUGUGGGAGACCGACGGCCCACCAGCCAACGUGAAAUCAAAGCAUCCCUCAGCAGCUCGGAGCAAAGAUUCCUUCAAGAAUAUGGUGAAAUGGUCAACACAUACAAGCAAAGCUUCCUGGAUGUGGAUUUAGGCGGUAACGGUGGCGUGGGUCUUGAUCCGCCUUUGGAUUUAUACAUCGAAGUGCGUGUUUUACGAGAUGCUGGACGUAUCAACACUGAAUUCGGUGAACUCAACCUCGUCAAAGGAAACCAAGAAUUCGUUCGUCGAUCGGAUGUGGAAGCUCUCAUCAAUGCUGGUUAUCUAAAACACAUCACUUCUUAA